AAAUAAAUCCUGUCUUAUCCGUACUGCAUGUGUUUAUGAUGGUGUUGGUGGAAGAAGAAAGAAGCAUAGAAGAAGGGCUUUUGGAGCUCAGUAACCAAAGUGACGCUUCAGGCUGUCGUAUCACUGCCUGUGUUAUCCUCAGCACUUUCGUCGCCAUCUGUGGCUCCUUCUCCUUUGGAGUUGCUAUUGGUUAUACUUCAGGUGCUGAGAUAGGAAUUAUGAAAGACAUGGGUCUCUCUAUCGCAGAGGUAUGUCUCUCUUUUAGUUCUUAUUUUUGACUAUUUCCAUAAACAAACAUUAGAAUGAAACUAAUCACAAACUACUUAUUCAUUCAAAUUGCAAACUGCAAUAGAUAAACUAUCAGGAAAAGAUAUAUCGUCGUUAUCCCAAAUAUUGAAGUUGACUUUACGUGUGGUUCACUUCCAUUUUACCCUCUUUUGUUUUUUUCUUGUUAACAUCCUCCAUUUUUACCUUUAAAAAAUUUAAUCGCAAGUUCUUAAAAAAAAUGUUAUCAUGAUAUAUAAACCCUUGACCACUUCAAGGUGGCCCAGUGGUAAGCGUCAAAGAGAUAGCGCUGCAUGGGUUCGAAUUGCGGUGGCCACCCGGGCUAGCGUUAAAUCGCAAGAAUACGUGGAUUGUCGUGGGCUUCGUGGGAUUAGUCGGUUGACCUCGGUCGUCAGAUCCCCACGGUUAUCAAAAAAAAAAAUGAUAUAUAAACCCUACGAACAAUAGAUAUAUAAUUUCCUUAUAUAAUAUAAAUAUAUAUAUAUAUAUAUAAUUUACCCAUUAAUAUAUCUAAUUUUCUCAUGUGUGGAAUUUUGAAAUCAUACAAAAUAGUGUAUAUAUCUAUCAAUUGUAUUAAUUCCGGCCGUACUCUCUCAUUUACGACGAUGGAGGCUAUGUAUUUCACCAUGUAUCCCUCUUUUGUCUUAUUUUAGUACCGUACCGUUCAUUCAUGUAUUUCUCUUUUCUGCUUUUCAGUGAAUAGAUUACUUAAUAUGUAUUAGUAUUUCUUGUUUUAGUAACUAAUGUCCCGAUAAAACUGAUCUACUCAUCAACUUUGGCAAUUUAAAAUUUCAAAAAAACUCUGCCAAUUUAUAGUUUGAGUAAUCAAGAAUAUCUUAAAAUUUUAAUCAAAUUUCAGUUCUCAGCGUUUGCUUCACUCUCUACGUUAGGAGCAACAUUCGGUGCAUUGUUCAGCGACAAUGUGGGUCUCCGAUAUCCUCUGUGUCAUUGGUUGGCUGUGCAUCGCUUUCGCUAAGAAUGUGUUGUGGCUACACUUCGGAAGAAUCUCAUCGGGAAUAGGAAUCGGCUUGAUUAGCUAUGUGGUACCUGUGUACAUAGCAGAAAUUACGCCAAAACAUGUUCGCGGUACAUUUACCUUUUCAAACCAGCUUCUUCAAAACUCCGGAGUCGCCAUGGUUUUUUUUUGGGGGAAUUUCAUCAGCUGGAGGAAGAUGGCUUUACUAGGUGCUCUACCAUGCGUCAUUCAAGGAAUCGGUUUAUUCUUCGUACCAGAGUCUCCAAGAUGGCUGGCAAAAGUUCGUGCGGAUGAAGAACUAGAAUAUUCACUGCUUCGGCUUAGAGGGAGAGAUGCUGAUAUUUCACGUGAAGCCUCAGAGAUUCAAGUUAUGACCAAAAUGCUAGAACGUGAUUCAAAGUCGAGAUUUUCUGAUUUGUUCCAGAGAAAAUAUAGACACAUUAUCGUGGUAGGAGUCGGGCUAAUGUUGAUACAACAAUUUUCGGGUAGUACAGCUGUAAUAUCUUAUACAAGUACCAUUUUUAGCAAAGCUGGUUUUUCUGUGACCAUUGGAUCGACAUUGUUAGGCAUCUUCAUGGUACCAAAAGCCACGAUUGGUCUAAUUCUUGUUGAUAAAUGGGGCAGACGGCCCCUUUUGUUGACUUCAGCGUGUGGGAUGAGCAUAACUUGCAUGUUUAUUGGGCUCGCGUUCACAUUACAGAAAAUGCAAUUGCUUCCGAAACUAACUCCAGUGUUGACGUUUUUAUGCGUUACGCUGUAUAUUGCAUCUUAUGCAGUAGGAAUAGGAGGCCUCCCUUGGAUAAUUAUGUCUGAGAUAUUUCCAAUGAACAUAAAAGUAACAGCAGGGACAUUAGUUACGUUGGCCUCAUGGUCAAGUAGUUCGAUCGUCACUUACGCUUUCAAUUUUCUAUUCGAAUGGAGCACUCAAGGAACAUUUUACAUAUUCGGGGCUAUUGGAGGAGCAGCACUGAUUUUUAUUUGGUUGCUCGUUCCGGAAACGAAAGGAUUAUCACUUGAAGAAAUACAAACGUCGCUUACUCGUCAAGCCCAACGAAAUAAAUCGUAUGUAGACUGAAAUGUCUACUUUUUCAUGGUAAUAUAUAAAUGAUAUCAGUUCAAAAAAAUUUAUUGAACUCAUGGUUUAUGAUGUUAUACUCAUCGAGGAAGAAUUAUCUCUGUUUUUCAUGGUUUAUGAUGUUAUAUAUACUCGUCGAAAAAGAACUAAUGGUUCUCUUGUAAAGAAAAAAAAAAGGGACAAGGAGAGUGAAAUGAAUGGGUACACGAUGUGAUUGUCA